AUGCCUACACAAAAGUGUUCGAAGAGAAGACAUACAAAGGACGACUCCUCUCACUGCUCUCUCGAGACGAGUGCGCUGCUCUACAAGACGCCUAUCUGGCGUCCCUUCCGAGGGAUUGGUCUGCCUGCGUAUGUUGUUUGCUCCUGUGGGGGUGAGCUCUGGGGCAGGGAAGAUGUUCCUGAGUUGAAUCAAGCCGCGGUGUUGGGGCAUACCUUACUCCAUUAUGGUGCAGAGGGGGGCUGCGCGGCUUGUAUCAAGACUGGUGUCAUAUUCAUGUUUCGAGCCUGGCUUCUAAGUUCCAGCGAAGAUCGGGAGCUAAUAGCACUUUCGUUGGUCGCAGCUUGUGAGUGUGUUUCAAGGCAGUAUCUGCUGUCAACAAGUGAGAACGUCAUUACCCAGGACCUCGCCCUUGAAUGCCCGGGGCCAUGCCGGCAGCGCGCUCUCAAGUGGUGCCAUGGUGUGAGGCCUAGUAAAGCAUUGGAUAUGCUUGCUGGUGUUGAAGAAGACUUGAACGGCUCAUUCCGCAAAGGCUUAACGUCUUAUGUCAAGGGUAUCGCGACUUUCUAUGCCUGCUCAGUUAUGACAGGGCCAGGCCAGGCCACAGACCGACCAGUCCGACAAACGAAGCUCCCUUCGCUUGAGGCCUAUCUCCGUGAACGGCUGGCUGACGGCUUCUGGUAUGCAAUGAAAGCAGCAGUCAGCUCUCCAGAUGCCGACAGACUCUAUCUCACCCGAUACUCAACCGGAAUCCAUGAGUAUGCCAUUGAUUCGGCAUGUGCAUUUGAUACUCUAGGCCACGCCCGGGCACUCAAAGAGGAUGCACUGUACGGUGCAUGCAAUUAUGAUCGCCAGCCAUUAGACCAGCUUCCGGAUUCAAGACCCGAUUCUUACGACGAUAUUAUCUAUGCUGCGGGGUACUUAUCCCUGGCAUCAUACGUGUGGGGUGCCAAUCCGCACCUUGACCUGUUACGCGGACAAGUCAAUCAAGAUCCUGCUACCCCUCUGCCCGAACACUGGUAUGCUCGAGUUUGGCAUGAUGCACUGUUUGGUCAGUCUGCACCUGAGGAGCUUUACAAAUGGACAGCACGUACCAAAGACAACGGGAGCUUCACAGGGGAUCGAGAUUUCACCGAGUGUCAAUCUGACUGCAGCUGUCUGGAAAGAUAUCAUAAAUAUGGUCUAGGCGCAACAUUGUUCUGGGCACGGGAAACGUGGUGUGGCGUAUCCUGUCCGUCUGCGCCAUUUGAUGUCUGGAUGUUUGGCUCCUUUGUCGACGGUGUACGGGCUGUUCUUCGUUGUGGGGAGGGAAAGCAUAGCCCUGCACCAGUACGAAACGCGUCUGCAGCCUUGCCCGUCCGAAAAGCAUGCAUUGGCGGGAGUGCGCAGGUGAGAUGUCAAAUCAUACAUCUGCUUGUAUGGUGUGCCGUCGACCAACGCUCCAAGACCCCAAGGACACUGGCCAAGAAGCCAAGGGGUCGCAGGAGAUUCUGGGGGUUUGUGUGCAAGCCAAUUGGUAUUGUGAAACGAAUAGUGGCAGCUCUGGAUUUUACGAAGAAGUCCGUACUAGUCUUUUAACUUAAACAGAUUAAGGAAGGCUCGGGCGAUCUGGAGUAUAUUGCGUGGAUUAAAGGGAUAACACAAGAGAAAUCUUCAACUUUCGAUUGAUAUUGAGAGAGGACAUUGGAGAAAUGAGAGGAAUGGCAUACACAGUAACCUAGAGACUGAAACGAACUUACUUGACUUGGUUACUGCACCGAAGCAGUGCUAAGAGAAGUGGACGGGACCGCUCACUACUAGCGUCUGAGCUUUUAAGUCUAAGGCUCUAAGCAGCAUCGUACCACUUCUCGAUUGUGGCACCGUGGAGUGCAUAUCCCCCAUGGGGAGAUAUGGAGAAAAGUUUGGCAACGUAGCAUUGACAAUCUGAAAGUGUCGAUCAUGAGCCAGAGAUCAUUGAAACCUGGGAUUGUGGAGAGAG